UCGAUGUGCUUUCGUUUCCUCCGGGAAAUGUAAAGACACUGGAGUGUGGGUGGAUGAUAAACAACGAGUUUCAGUUGUAUCCUGAUAGUGUUGACGUACUGCGGCGAAAGAUCAGGGGGUCAUCAUGAGAAUAUUGCACUCAACCUGUGUCCAACGAUUAUAUCCAUCGAUGGGAGGUGUUCAUACUAGUAAUAGUGUUAGAUUCAACAGUAGUCUAAGAGGAAAAACGAUAGCAAUUCGUCGUGAAGAUCAGUCAGUAUGGGAGCGUCGUGCCCCCCUGGCCCCCUCGAACGUCAGGCGAUUGAUUCGCGCAGGUGUAAAAGUGAUAGUUCAACCGAGCAAUCGUCGCGCCUACCCGGCGCAGGCAUACUUGAAGGCGGGGGCUUUCCUCCAGGAGGACAUCAGCGAGGCCUCGGUGAUCUUCGGGGUCAAGCAGAUCCCCAUCGAUCAGUUGAUCCCGAACAAAACCUACUGCUGCUUCUCCCACACAAUUAAAGCGCAGGAGAGCAAUAUGCCUCUGUUGGAUGCCAUCCUGGAGAAGAAUAUCCGACUCAUUGAUUACGAGAAGUUGACUGAUAAUUCUGGACAGAGGGUCGUUGCAUUUGGGAAGUACGCGGGUGUCGCGGGGAUGGUUAACAUCCUUCAUGGCCUCGGAUUGAGACUUUUGGCUCUUGGACAUCACACCCCCUUCAUGCACAUUGGACCAGCCCAUAACUACCGAGACUCUGCAAUGGCCCGACAAGCAAUUCGCGACGCCGGAUACGAGAUAGCACUAGGUGCAAUGCCAAAGUCAAUAGGUCCCUUAACAUUCGUCUUCACAGGAAGCGGAAACGUCAGUCAAGGGGGGCAGGAGGUAUUCCAAGAGCUUCCCCACGAGUACGUCACCCCCGAGAGUCUCCGCAAAGUCGCUGAGCACGGGGAUACGAAUAAGAUCUACAGUUGUGAAGUGAGAAGAAGAAACCACUUGGAGCGAAAGGAGGGAGGUGGUUUCGACCCUGAAGAGUACGACAAGCACCCAGAGAGAUACAUCUCCACCUUCAGCAAGAAGAUCGCCCCUUACGCUUCAGUCAUCAUCAACGGAAUCUAUUGGGCCGUCGAUUCCCCCAAACUCUUGACCAUUCCCGAUGCUAAGUACUUGUUGAGGCCCGCUCACACCCCGUGGUUGCCCAUCAGCGUUGGGGCACCUGCUCUGCCCCAUCGAAUGUUAGCCAUCUGCGAUAUCUCCGCAGAUCCUGGUGGUAGCAUCGAAUUCAUGAACGAGUGCACGACAAUCGACACACCGUUCUGCCUCUACGACGCCGACAGAAACAAGGACACAAAAUCGUUCAAAGGUCCCGGAGUGCUUGUUUGUUCAAUUGAUAACAUGCCCACUCAACUUCCCAAAGAGGCCACAGACUUCUUCGGCGAUCUCUUGUACCCCUACACCCAGGACAUCAUAAGAUCAGACGCCAAGAAGCCUCUGGAGGAGCACAACUUCACUCCAGCUGUUCACGGUGCAAUCAUUGCCUCCAACGGAAGUCUAACACCGAAUUUCGAGUAUAUUCAAGAGCUCAGGCAGAUGAAUAACAGAUCCAGGCACAAGGCUGACAAUGGACAGCCUGAAGCCAAGACGGUGAGUACGAUCGUCGUCUUCGGAGCUGGAUACGUAUCAGCCCCGCUCGUGGAGUACCUCCACAGGGACGGGAGCAUAAAAAUAGUUGUGUGCUCACACUUGAAGGAAGAGGCAGACAAUCUAGCUAACAAAUACCCUGGAGUUGAAUCGGUCUUUCUGAACGUCACUGAACGCCCUGAUACCCUGCGAGACAUCGUCAACUCCGCUGAUGUUGCAGUGUCGCUGCUUCCAUACGGACUUCAUCAUGUCAUUGCGAAGACGUGUAUCGACUGCCGAACGCAUCUAGUUACUGCGAGCUAUUUGAAUGACGAUAUCAGAGCCCUGCAUGAGGAAGCUGAAACCGCUGGAGUGACAAUUCUGAACGAAGUGGGUCUAGACCCGGGCAUCGAUCACCUCCUCGCCCUCGAGUGUUUCGACGACGUGAAGCAAGCGGGUGGAAAAAUCGAGUCCUUCAUCUCCUGGUGCGGAGGCCUCCCAGCCCCAGAGUGUUCCGACAAUCCCCUGAGAUAUAAGUUCAGCUGGUCACCCCGUGGAGUCCUACUCAACACCCUAUCACGAGCUAAAUACUACCACAACGGCCAGGUAGUGGAGAUCGCUGGAGGGGGUGACCUCAUGUCGACGGUUCAGGACCUAGAUUUCCUCCCGGGAUUCGCUCUCGAGGGCUUCCCAAACCGCGACAGCACGAUUUACAGGGAACUUUACGGAAUUCCCAAUGCCUCGACUAUCUUGAGGGGAACAUUGAGGUUCAAGGGAUUCACCGAUACUGUUCAGGCACUACAGUAUUUGGGGCUCAUUGAUCCUAAUCCACAUCCCAGUUUGCAUCCCAAUGGGCCUGAUAUCACUUGGAGAACACUGGUAUGCAAUCUCCUCGGACUACUCAACGAUGACAUAUUCUACGAAAAUUUGAAACGAAAACUAGAGGAGCGUUUGAACUCCGAGGCGCGUGUCAAAGCUAUUGAGGAUCUAGGCCUGCUGAAUGAGGACCUUAUAUUGAAAUUGAAUAGCCCACUGGACACACUCACCCAUUAUCUCUCCAAAAAGCUCAAUUACGAGAAGAAUGAACGGGAUUUGGUGGUUCUGCGGCAUAACAUUGGGAUUCUCUGGCCGAAUAACAGGAAGGAGGAGAGGGGAAUCAAUCUUGUGAUUUAUGGUGACUCGAGGGGGCACUCCGCGAUGGCCAGAACUGUGGGAUAUCCAGCUGCACUCGCGGCUAAAAUGAUACUCGACGAUGAAAUUCAACAGAGAGGUGUCAUUCUCCCCUUCACCCCAGACAUCUACCGUCCAAUGCUGAACAGACUGAGGUCCGAGGGAAUAGAGUCCUUCGAAACAUCCAAAUGGGAAUGAAUAUCAAAAUCAUCAAUCAUUCGAUUUUCAAAAGAUCACAAAUUGUAAAUAAAUUCUCAUUAUUUACGUUAGUCGUUAACUACACAUUCCCAUUCUGUUUGAAAUUGAAGUCUCAAUCUGUUUCACUGACUAAUUAUUCGGAAAAUUGUGUAAAAAUGCGUUUAGAGCAAUAAAAUGUUGAAAAUAAAAUUGUUAAAGCUA